UCGAGGCUCGGCCGACGGGACGGCACGGCGGCGCGUGGCGAGGCGGCGAGGGACGGGACGGGCCGGACGGGAGGCACGGGACGGCCUACAGGAGGGAGGCGGGAGGGGCGGGGCGGGCCCGGCGGCGUGCGGGCAGCGUGCGGACAGCGUGCGCAGCGUGCGGGGGCCCCACCCCGGAUGUGGCCGAGCCGGAGGCGGCCCCGGAGCCACAGCCGGAGCCGUGGCCGGAGGAGGCCGGCGGGGAGGCUGACGAGGACCACGACGUCGAGCAGGGCCCGCCCAGGGCCGGGGGGCCCCAUGAGGGCGCCUAGCAGCGGUCCACAACAGUAAGGGUCGGAGGCCCUGGAGGCCCGGAGGCUCCUGUGGAGGCUCGCCUGGAGGCGCUGGUCCGACCAGGCUGGAGCCCCAGGUGCGGCCGCCCCGGCCCCAGCGUAGUCCUGUUCUCUCGCGGGGGGCGGGCCCGGCGGGCCAUGGGGGCCGGGGGCAGGGCGUGGACGGCUCGGAGGGCGGCCCCGGCAGCGAGGCGGGGCCGCUCGGGGGCGGCGACAGCGACCGCCUGGACAUGGUCAAGGUGGUCAUGCUGGGGGCGGCGGGCGUUGGCAAGACCGCCAUCGUGCAGCAAUUCAUGUGGAACACGUUCACGCCCGACUACCAGCCCACCGACCGGAAGCACACCUACUUCCCCUCCAUCAUGAUCAACGACCACCUGUACGAGCUCAACAUCACGGACCUGCCCGUCAUCCCCUUCUUCCCGGAGAACAACGCCGUCGAGUGGAGCGAGUUCAGGUUCUACGGGCUGCGCAGCGCCACUGCCUACGUCUUGGUGUUCGACCUCUCCAACGCGGACACGUUCCAGUACAUCCGCAAGAUCCGCGACCAGAUGCUGGCCUCGCGGGACCUGCGGUCGGUGCCGGUGCUCGUGGUGGGCAACAAGCGCGACCUGCUCGUGUUCCCGCCGGCGCAGUCCAGCACGCCCAGCACGGCGCCGGUGCCGCCCGUGCACCCCGCGCACACGGGCCACCCGGCGCACCCGGGCCUGCUGGGCGCCGGGCUCGGGGCCGCCAUGGGGGCGGGCGCCGGGCUGGGCGGCGGGCUGGGCAGCGCCCUCGGCAGCGCCCUGGGCGGCGCCGGCCUCGUCCCGGGCUUCGGGCUGGCGGCCGGCGGCGGCAUGGCCGGGGCGGCCGCCCUCGUCGCGCCGCUCGCCAACAGCAUCGGCGGGGACCGCGGCCACCACCACCACGACCACCACCAUCACCACCACCACCUCCACCACCACGCGCCGCACCACCACCACGCGCGGCCGCACCUCCACCACGCCGUGCACCACCUGCUGCCGCACCCGCACCACCCCACGGACUACCGCGAGCGGCGGCGGGACAUCGUCAGCCUGGUGCGCAAGCACUGGAAGUGCGGCUACGUCGAGUGCUCGGCCAAGUACAACUGGAGGGUGGUGGCGGUGUUCCACGAGCUCAUGCGCUCCAUCGACUCGAGCGACCGCGCCGCGCUCACCAAGGAGGUCGUCGCCCCCAUAGUGCAGGACAACAAGUGUGCCAUCUUGUGACGCCGCCCGGCGCAGCGCAGUGCGCCCAGAGUGUAGUUUCCCACCCCUGGCCUAAAUGAUGAAAGCGGACAGACGCGGCCCGCGUCUACGGGCAGCCUCGACCUCCCCGAAGAAUGAGAUUCGGUGCAAAGUAAUUCUUUUUUAAGACGUUAUUAUUAGUUCACUUUUAAGCAGUUCACGUGGCAUCGAAUCAAUGUAUACAUCCAGGACCAUUAUCCUUCUCUGGUUCCCUAUUUCGUAGCCAGUACUUUUCUCUCUCACUCUCGCACUCGGGGAGUGCGUGGUGGUCGAGGCGCCGCUCCUCUCCACCAACUCCCCCGCGUCUGCUGCAACGAAACAACGAUAAAACUCUUUCCCUCUAGUUUCUAAACGAAGAAAUGUAUUUUACGAGAGAGUGAAGCGGGGGUGCUAAGCUGCGUAAAAAGGCUCCUCGAGGGCCACGCUCUGUCAUGAGACAAUCCCGCUUUGCCCUCACAAAGCCACAAGCCAAAGACUUGGUAGAUGACAAUAAUCCCCCGGCCGGCGACCGGCCAGGCCCGUUGGGGAGACAGCCGGACCAGGGCCUCAACCCUGUACGACUUCGGCGCGGUAUCGGAGAAGACGAGGUAACGAUAUCGUUCCCGACAUCCUUCAGACCGACAUUUUUUUUUCUCACAUUGGGGCGCUCAUGGUUGGAGGUUUUUAUUGUGUGUUUGUUUUUACGUUUGAUUCCAAAAUAACAAGUACCCACCCGGUGAAAUAUAGCACUCAACAAAAUAAUUGAAAAUUAUGCCAGAAAUGAGUCAACAGCCACCAUGGCCCGUGUCGACGAGGGAAGUCCCAGCAGUGCGAACUGACUUGUCACCGCGAUAUCGAAAAGUUGUCGAUUCUGUCUCUCGAUAGUUUCGAUAUCGUUUUGACAAGUAUUUCCCCCAAACGUUCAUUAUAAGGAGACAUAUUCCAUGUGUAAUGUGGACUCACCAACCCAGGUACAACACAAUCGUCGAAAACUCGUCAAUGAUCCUCAGUUGACGUCAAAAUGAGCUCAAUCUGGCUACCUGCUAGCCGCAGUAAAUCUUGACGAUGAGCGUCAAAAUGAGGUCAUUGUGGGGUCAUUUUGACAAACUGGUUCUACCUAGGAAUAACGACCUGUUCAGCUACCGCACUAAAUGCUUCCCUUGGGCCAGCAACCGCAUGCACAAUGAGGAAAUACAUUUACUUCGACUUUCACAGUCGGACGCACUGGGCACCUGCCUCGGCACUUGCUCAGUGCAGCUGACACCUGGACAACGCAGAAGACCGCAGAUUGACUAAACUUCUGUGAUAAUGCUGUCUCGACAACCGCAGAGGGAACGGGGGUGCGCUGUUCACUGUUUGGGGAAGAGAUCGCGAUAUGUGUGUGUGAGUGUGUGUAUUGGAGAGAUCCCGUCUCUUGCCUCCCGAGUAAAGUUGAAUUUUAAAAUUGCCUUUUCUAUAUUCCAUAGCCACACGGUGGUCUCGUAUGUUAGUCCUCAGCUCACUUUUAAACGUUGCUCCUUAUAGUCGAGGGCAUUGACGAGUAAUUUUUAGCGCUGAAUGAAAACGUAAUAUGUCUGUGGUGCCGAUAGAAUAGAGACUUCGCUUUUGCUUUUGAACAAGGAUAAGUGUUAUGAAUGUUAAGCUCAAAAUCACUUUCUUGAUGCUGAUUCCUAUUUUUUCAAUGUGUUUUAUGUUAGCGGGUACCUGUUACUUAUACAAAAAAAAACUAAUGUUAAAACUAAGCGGCACCGUCGCCGUGAUUGCGGUAUGUAAAUCAAUCAGUCGCGAAGGUGGGUUACUUUCUGUGGGCACAAUUUUCACUCAAUUUACAAAUUUCAUUGUCAUAUAAGUUUUCAGGCGUAUCGAGAGCAACCCAUUAUUUAAUGUUCCAAGUGAGCAGCUUCAACCGUGGCUAAAGGUGCUUCUCAGAACACUCCUGUAGAUUGGUGAUUGAAAAACCUUAUGUCUUUCCCCUAACCAGCAGCUGGUUGAGAUAUUAAGACGCAAAGUGGCCAAUCACACAAACUCUAGUACUACAAUAGGGACAAUCCUUCAGACUUAUGUACCUUAAGAAAUCUUGAAUCUCCUUUGUUUACGUUACUGCUCAGAAGUCGGUCCUUAAGAGAUGUGGCUGGUAUUAGUAUAAAAAGCAAAUCUCCAAGAUGAAGUUUCCUCAGUAGCUGUUACAAAAAGAAAUCAUAAUUGCUUGGUUUUAUGAGUGAAAAUUUAGGACUCAGAAAGAAACGUACCUAAAGAAAGUGCAAAGAGUUUACCCAUUCAGUCACAGUGCACAUGUUAAAAUAUUCAAAGCUCUAAACUUCAAUCAAAUAGCUUUUUUAUAGAGUAAAAGUUUUGUAAUAGCAAUAAAAGGAGAUGUUGUUUUUUUGUAGUUUUAUAACGAGUGUUUAUUGUUCAUGGAAGAAUGUUGAGUAGACUGUUUGAAAAUGCAGUGCUUCUGUGUUUGCUUGUACUUAAAAUUUGUGAGUAUAGAAAAUAUGCUUAGUGUGGUAAUUCUCAAAAUCAGUGACUUAUUUGUGAUUUGACUGUCAUUUGCUGUCAAUAAUGGAAGGUGAGUUGAAAAAAUUUCCUUUUUCAGGAUGACAGCAAAAUCAGAAAAGUCAGUGAUUGUCAAGUUACCUACAAGGAACAAGGUUGUGAAUGCAUUUGUGCAGUUUGAUAUCCAGUAAAACAAAUGGUCAAAAAUAAUAAUGUAGGAGAGAUGGCGUAAGUAACUUUCCUAGUGCUAACCAAUAGGCCCCAUAUGCUGCACAGCGCACAAACUUGAAUGGUUAACACCAUGAAUUAAUUGGAACAACUCACAUUGCGCACACACAAAAAAAUUCUUCAUAAUACAAUGAAGUGCCUAAAGUGCUAGGGAACACUUGAUUGCAAUAAUUUUUACAUUGUAAUACUAUUGACCUCGGCUGGAAUAUUGAACAAUACAGCUAAGAUUUUUUCAAUAAGUCUGACCUUACAAACAUCUGGGGAAGGCAUUUUGAAAUUAAUUGUUAUUAACUUUGCUUAGGGUUUUGUUAUGAAAUAAGGCAUUCCUGGAUGACAGGUCUGACUUACUGUUGCUCUCCUUGUCAUAAAUAUGACUGGAGUUGUUGUUAUAAAAUUCUUUUGGCUUUGUACUCAAGAAUUUGAGUGUGAUAGAUUGUCUCCACAUCUGUCUUGUGGAAAAAUGUAAAACUAUAAAAAAACAAAAGUUGUGUUAAGCACAGGCUGAAAGUACACACAAGCAAUGAGUUGUGCUUCUAUUUUAGUUGAAAUAAAAGGUACUUUAUGAUAUGCAAA